CGUAACCAGGCGACGCGACCCGCCAGUCUCAGCAUCUCCAUGGUGACGGGGACGCCGCGCGGCCCCGGAAAAGGGCGCAGGCGCAGGGCUGCUUCCGGCUCAUGCGCGGUCGAGGAGACAGUCAAACGCGGAAGGCCCGAUGGCGAGCUACAAGGCUGCCGACUCCAAGAGGGAGCAGUUCCGGCGCUACUUGGAGAAGUCUGGUGUCAUGGACACCCUCACCAAAGUCUUGGUUGCCCUGUACGAAGAACCAGAGAAACCCAACUGUGCCUUGGACUUCCUGAAACACCACUUAGGAGCUGCUGCUCCAGAAAAUCCUGAAGUGGAGGCUCUUCGCUUGGAAGUGGCAGAGGUGAAAGAGAAGUAUGAAGUGGUGUUGGAAGAAAACAAAAAGUUAAAGGCAAAGCUGGCUCAGUAUGAACCACCUCUAGAAGAGAAGCGUGGGGAAUAGGGUUAUUUUCCUGGUACUUGAAAUAAAAGACUGAAGCACAUGGUUCUAGCGUUACUAAUAUAGUUAUAAGCCUGUUGAUGCUCUCUUGUAAAUACAGUGUUCAAAAAACUUGUUUAAAGUUGGAGGAUGUUGAAAAUGCAAGUCUGGUGUAAAAGCAGGUAUAGUUGAUGGUGGCAAUCAUUAAUCUCUGCUUUUAGUCGGUUCUAGGAGCUGGAAAGCUGAAACUUGUAGAGGAUGUGAUUAUAGUCUGCAUCUAAAAACUUGUACAGUUGUUACUGGAGCCUUCUCAAUAAAUUGUAUUAAAUAUGA